UCUGUACCUGUGCUCUCGCUCUGUGAACCAUACAGGACAACUUGCAGGAGGGCUGAAGCUAGAUCUCAGAGGAUUUGAAGAAUGAGCGAUUUUAAAGAAGGAAUACUGCAUUCAGUCAAGUAAGAUGCCUUUCAGAGGGAUUAUUUAAGCUGCACACUUUAAAGGUGAGCACAGUGUUUUCCCUCACAGCAGAAUCUCAGCCCCAAGUAAUCAUGGUGGAUCUUUUCCUCAACCGGGUGCUGGUGGAGAACAACUGGGACCAGGACGAGCUCAACACGGAACGGGAAAUUGUUGGGAUUCUGGAAAACCGCAUCAUCCUGCUGCUCUUUGCGUCCACGGAAAGCGAGAGGUGCCAGAAGUUUGUGCCUCUUCUGAACGAUUUCUUCAAACGUCUAAAAGAUCCGGCUUACAUCGAAUACCCCAAACUGCUCGCACUCAUCUACAUCAGCUUGGACCAGUCGGAGGAGCAGCAGGAGAGAUUCCUGAAGGAGCUGCACAAGAAGGUCCUGUUUUUGGCGUUUGAGGAUCCGUACAGGACGGAACUUCAGGCCAUGUUUGGGGUGACGGAGGUCCCCACAGUCGUCGUCCUGCGCCCCGACGGCUCGGUCCUGUCUCCGAACGCCGUGCAGGACAUCUGCCGUCUCGGCUCCGAGUGUUUCAGCAACUGGCAAGAGUCCGCAGAAGUGGUGGAGAGAACUUUCAUGUUGAACGAGGAGUUCGAGAACUUCAAUAUGAAAAGCGCCAGCGACCCGGUGAGGAGGCUCAAGUACAAGACAGAAGACGACCAGAGGAAGAAGAAAUGGUGGAAAAUAUGGGGAAGAGGGAAAGCUGAGGAGGAGGAAGGAAAGGGUGACAGGGAGACGUGGUGGAGGAGAUGAGGUCAAGCUGGAGUUAUACACGCAAAUAUAUAUGAAAAUGCACAUUCAGAAGAUACAGAAUUUGCACCUCUGACUCCUCUGCAUGAUAAAGUUUCUGCUAUAACUUCUGUUUCUGAUAUAUAACACUCUACGCUUACCUCAAACCCUUUCAUUUAUUACCUCAGUUUUGCCGCUCCACACUCACCCGAAUAAAUUAAUUAAAAGAUGGAUAAAUGAUGCCAGAUGGGGCUUUAUCUUCCCUCCGUCCAGCUACAUGCUCCGCUAAUGUUGGUGUGUUGUCAGCUUUAGCAGGAGAUUAAAUGUCCAUCGCUGACUAAUAACUAAGCUGCCGUUGUGGGGUGCUGGCACCUGCUGCUGGCUAUUUACAAGCCAGAGCCGUCUUUAUUUUUAUAUUUAGAUGUGACUGUUGCAUGACAUCCGAAGGAGGACGCUCUUCCCUGUUUCAAACAAGUGUUAAUGUUUCGGUCGAAGCAGAGUGAGAAGUGAAAAAUAGCUUCAUCGCAGUCAUUUAUAUGGGCUACUUUAUGACUCAGUGUGGUCAUGUAUUUUUUGACUGUGACGCAGAUAUCUGUGAUUUGUACCACAUGUUACACAGCAUACUAGAGGUGGGCAGUUAAAUUUCCUACAGGGCCACAUUAUAAACUCUUGUGAGGGAGGGGCCUUCAAGGCAAAAUAAAGGUGGCAAUGACUAUGACAUGUGAAGGAAUAAAAUCUUCAGCAAUGAAGGUGAGAUCAACCAUAAAAGGGUCAAUGGAAGCAAGGAUAUUAAGAAGUGCAAAUAUGGCAUGAACCAUAUAAAAAAAUUACAUUUUACAAACAUAUAAGAUGAAAAGGCAAUUAUUUCAAUGAAUUUUGAGGAAAAUAAACAAAAAAGACUAACAAAAAGAAGAAACAAAUGUUUAGUCAUGAAUGUGCUGUAUUUAUUGUUUAACUAAUACUGGCUAAAACGGAAACAGGAUAAAAAAUGACAGAAAACUUACUGUAUCGGUUGUAUAGUUUUAGUCUGACCUCACGAGGGCCGCAAAACCACAGGCAAAGGGCCGCAUAUGGCCCCCGGGCCACACUUUGCCCAGGUCAGUACUACAUGUUAUAUAAUUUUGUUUUAUGCCAAGAAUGCAACAGCAUGAUUGGCAGCAUUGUUGAUGAUGAAACAAUCAAUAAAUCUUUAUGUCAACAAAUGACUUUGGUCUUAGCGGAAAGUAUGAGCAAACAGUUUUAUCAUGGUGAUAAAUGUUACAGUGAGGAUGGAUUUGAUCGACACCUGUCAUUGUGAUGUCACGCAUCAUCAUCUACCCCUGCUGCCUUAGUGAUAGUAAUGGCCAAAGAGUAUAAGAGUAUUUAUUCACUGACUCAUUCCUCUUUGAUCUGACUCUGGACGUAAAUAAAUAC